AUUACAUCGACAGUGUAACAAACAUAUUUGACAGCCGUUUGUCAUUGUCAUUUACAAUUUUAUUAUUUUCUACACAAGUUUAUUUUUGAAUGUUUUUGAUUUAGCUAAUGGGCCAAGAUGAUAACAUCCACGCGGCUCUAUCGCACGUGGUGCUCUGCUGCGUCACCGGGCCCAGCCUCGGGCGUGUGCAUAUCAAGAACUACACCCACCCGGGCAUGCACACCAAUCUGCUGCUGCAUGGAGUCAUGGGAUUCCUGCACUAUCACGGAGGUUUCGGUGACGUCUCCCAAGCCUACAAGAUUAGCCUGGCCGCAUCCCGGUACCUCCCGAUCCCCUGUCUAAUGGCUGAUCUAACGCGAGGCGAUGACGUACGAUCAAUCUGCCAUCUCCUCUCCGGACUUGUCCCUUUCGUUAUCGCUGUGACCGGAACUGAAGACAGACACUUCGGGAACCUUAUGGUUUUUAUCAACAUAAUUUGUUUAGUGUUUUACUCGCAUGAAAAGAAUAGUGAAUGGGGCUGGUAUACAGCGGGGGCGGCUGUGUUCUCGUAUUUGGCCGCGCCGCAGAUCGGCGGGUUCGGCCCGAAGGUGAUAUAUCCAUUGGGGUUGGCGCUGAUGGAUUAUUGCGGGUACAGGGUGCAUGGGGUUGCAAGAUCAGCGGCUGCGGGACCUCCUCGGUAAUAAAGCGAAUGUGACUUA